UUGCGUGACUCGUUCUAGGAUUUAGCUUUGUUAUUGAACGACAAUGCUGAGUGCAGUAGGCUGUAGCUAACGAAUCAAACAGCUCGAUGCAUAUCGUCGUUGUAGAAGUGGGGACACACCGACACAGAGCACGUGAGAUUCACGUGUCGCUUUUACAGUGAAUGAAGCUCAAACGUCACUACGUUUUUGAGUGCCAGCAUGGAUGCAGUACAGUGUUGGCUCAAACGUCAUUGUCAUUGUUCUUGAAAAUUCAAGAAAACAAAGCGUUAAGAGGACCAAAGGUGGAGCCAGAGAGACAGCAAGAGGAGGGAGGGGAGGUAGAGAGGGAGGGUUAGAGAGAGAAUGUACCAGUUUUAGCUUAACCUGUACAUGUACAAGAAGGAAUUAAAAAAGCUAACUCUCGCACAGAAACUGUUGUUCUAUCUAACGCACGCUCUGGCACUCUGGCCCCUUUUUAUUUUCCUGCGAAUCUAGGGUUCGAAAUGUAGAGGGAGAAAUGGGACAGUCUGGAUCAAAUCUCGUUGCCGAUUCCAACAACACAGGCAGGGGAUCUGGUUUUCAAUCGUCACCAAUCCCUAAUCCUGAGCUCGAUCGUGCACCGUCUAAUCCCGAUCGCCCAGCAGAUGAGCGUACACUGGUCAUCGAGGAAAAUCUUCAGCACCUGGAUUUCAAAGAGGUAUCAGAACCGGUUCUGAAGCAAGAGGAUGGGAAAGCUGGGAACUGGGAUUUGAAAGAGGCCGACAAAGUGCUGGAGGGUGAGAAAGUGAAUGGGCCUUCGAAUUGGGAAGGAAGUGCUUGUAGACACAAACACACUAGGAGCAAAGCUUCAGGAACCGCAGUUCUAGAGCCUAACUCUCUGGACUUGCCAAUGAGACCAGUUGUUGAGGAGAAGGUGAAGGAACCGGGCGAAUCCACAGAGAGGCCAGGCCAGACAGAAUGCAAGAGUUACUUAACGUCAGGGGUGUGCAAAUACGGAAGAGCUUGUAGAUACAAACACACAAGGAGCAAAACUUCAAGAACCGCAGUUCUAGAGCCUAACUCUCUGGACUUGCCAAUGAGACCAACUAUUGUCUUUGGGCGGUUCAAUCCUGUUGUUUUGAAGGUUGUUGAGGAGAAGGUGAAGGAACUGGGCGAAUCCACAGAGAGGCUAGGCCAGGCAGAAUGCAAGGCUGUUUUGGAGAAGGUGAAGGAAAAGGAAGAAUCCAUGGUGUUGCCAGGCCAAACAGAAUGCAAGGAUUCUAAAUGUAGAGGGAGGAUGGGACUGUCUGGAUUAAAACUCAUUGCCGAUUCCAACAACACGGGCUGGGAAUCAGGUUUUCAAUCGCCUCCAAUCCCUAGUCAUGAGCUCGAUCGUGCACUGUCUGAUCCCGAUCACCCAGCAGAUGAGCACACACUGCUCAUCCAGGAAAAGCUUCAGCACCUGGAUUUCAAAGAGGUAUCAGAACCGGUUCUGAAGCAAGAGAAAGAGAAUGGGCCUUCGAAUUGGGAAGAAGAGAUGGGCGGUGGGAGCGAAUGCAACGGUUGGGAUGAUAAUACAAACCUUCAAGUCCCCUGGAUCGUAACAGAUGAUAAUUGGAAUGAGAAUGAAACUGUGAUUGAGGAGAGGGGUGAGAGAAAUGGUGGUGCUUUCACCGAAAGCCAUCAGUAUCGGAGCCUCAAGACUGGGGCGAGUGGGUUUGGAUCCAAUAAGUUUAAUAGCCCCUUGAGAAGGAAAAACAAGGCUGUUAUGAUGGAGAAGGUGAAGAAAAAGGAAGAAUCCAUGGCGAUGCCAGGCCAAACAGAAUGCAAGGUUCUUUUUACUCCUAUCAUGGUUGUUAAGGAGAAGGUCAAGGAACCAGGCAAAUCCACAGAGAGGGCAGGCCAGACAGAAUGCAAGGUUGUUAAGGAGAAGGUGAAGAAACCAGGCAAAUCCACAGAGAGGCCUGGCCAGACAGAAUGCAAGGUUGUUAAGCAGAAGGUGAAGGGACCAGGCAAAUCCACAGAGAGGCCAGGCCAGACAGAAUGCAAGGUUGUCGAGGAGAAGGUGAAGGGACCAGGCGAAUCCACAGAGAGGCCAGGCCAGACAGAAUGCAAGAGUUACUUGACGUCAGGGGUGUGCAAGUACGGAAGAGCUUGUAAACACAAACACACAAAAGGCAAAGCUUCAGGAACCGCAGUUCUAGAGUUGAACUUUCUGGACUUGCCAAUUAGACCAGGAGCGAAAGAGUGCCCCUUCUACAUGUCUACUGGCUCCUGCAAGUAUGGGGCAAACUGCUGGUUUAAUCAUCCUGAUCCUUUGGCCGUGGAUCAGGAGGAUGAUGGUGGAUCUGCUGCAUCAGUUGCUUCCCAAUCAUCAAUGUCAUCCUCGUCUCCACCUAGGACAUUGAAUGUAACUACUCCCCUUGUACCAAUGGAGCUUUCACCUUUGCACGGCAUUCCUCCUCAAAAUCGUUAUGGCUAUCAGGCUCCUGUAUAUAUUCCUGAAAUGAGUAUGCAUCCAACACUGGCUGAAGCCAACGUCUAUAUGUACCAUGAGGACCAGAUUCAAGUUGAUGAAUAUCCAGAACGACCUGGCCAACCUGAGUGCAGCCGUUUCAUAAAAACUGGGGCUUGUAAGUUUAAAUUGAAUUGCAGAUAUCACCACCCUAAGGAUAGGAUCGUGAAGUCACCCCCAUGGGCUCUCAGUGACACGGGUCUUCCUUUGAGACCUGAUCAUAAUAUUUGUGAACAAUUUAGUCGCUAUGGCAUUUGCAAGUUUGGGCAAGCUUGUAUGUUUGACCAUCCAGUACACCCAGGCUCAGGCUGGGAAUGAUCAGCAUCUUCCUUUUGGUGAUCUGUAACUAGAGAUGAGGCUGGGGUGGCUGGGACUUGGAAGUGGAAGCUGAAAUGAUGCCACUCUUCAGCAGCCUGUGUAAAUAUUUUUGCUCUAGAAGCCCUAGAAUUCUAGGAAUCACUGUUCCAAGGAUUUGUAACUUUAUACAUUAUAUAAUAAACCCCAUGGUGGUGGGUUGUUUUGGGAAGGGAGGAGGGGGCUAAGGGCUUGGUUGGUUUGUUACUGGAAUGGCAAAAAAUGCCGUCAUGGCACUUCUAGUCUACCAAAACGCCAUUUUCUGACUGUU